UCCUGCAGCCUCGGCCCUUCGUGAAAAAGGAAGAUGAGGAGCGGCGACUCGCUGUCCCCGAGCCGAACCUGAAUCGAGUCUCUCCCCCUGCGCGAUGGCGGCACGCCGGCUGCUGACGGACCGGAGUAUGAACUUUGCGGCCCCUCUCCGGGCUUGAGCGCGACGCGACAGCCGCUGGAGCCUCUGCUGGAGCCGCCGCGGGUCUUCGGGGCUUGGUGGAGCGGCGGGUGGAGCUGCUGCAGCCUGCGGGACCGGACCCAGGCGAGCCGAGUCGACGUCUCCCGUCCGGACAGCGAUGCUCGGCACGCCGCGAGACUGAAGCCCGAGCCUGCACCGCAUCCUGAAACCAGAGCCCGCCUCCCCCUGCCCUCCCCAGAGUCCCAGCAGGCUGCAGCAUGGAGCGCUCCGGCAGCGUCCAGCUGGACAUCCCGGAUUUCAGUAACUCGGUUCUGUCUCAUCUGAACCAGCUUCGGGUCCAGGGUCGUCUCUGUGACAUUGUGGUCAAUGUUCAGGGUCAGAGCUUUCGAGCGCACAAGGUGGUCCUUGCCGCUAGCUCGCCAUAUUUCCGGGACCACAUGUCUCUGAGCCAGAUGAGCACUGUGUCACUGACCGUGAUCCGCAACCCGUCGGUGUUUGAGCAGCUGCUGUCGUUCUGCUACACCGGCCGCCUCUGUCUGCAGCUGGCCGAUAUCAUCAGCUACCUGACGGCUGCCAGCUUCCUGCAGAUGCAGCACAUCAUCGACCGCUGCACGCAGAUCCUGGAAGGCAUCCACUUGAAGAUCAACUUGGCCGAUCUGGACGAGGAGUCUCGGGAGGAGGAUGUGACGGCGCGAGGCUCCAGGGGGAGUCGAACCUUGGAGGCGGUGGUCCGAGGCGGGGCUCAUCACGGCAGCUUGCGGCUACUCGGCCCACGGGGAGGAGCCGAGGUGUCCGAGCCGGUCAGCCCCACUGAGGAGCCCCUCAGCCCACCGCCGACGGUGGAGCACAGCGGGCUGGAGGGCUCAGGGGCCAGCAGCAGCAGGGGGGGGAAGGAGCCGAUUCUUCGCAUUAACCGGGCCGGUCAGUGGUAUGUGGAGACGAGCAGCGAGCCAGAGCGAACCGGCAGCGCCGAAGAUGGAGGCGUUGUAGAUGGAGUUCGGAUCAAGACGGAGAGGAUGGAGGAGUGGAUUGGGUCCGGGGAGCAGCAGGAAGAAGGGGGGCCAAUGGAAGAAGGGGCCACUGUAAUGAUCGACACGUCGGGACGCAGCACGGUGGUGACGGGGCCGGUGGGGGCGCUGGGGACCCGCAGUGUGCAGCCUUCGUCCAGCUUCAGCGAGACAGAUCGGUUCAGUCCUACUGGCAGCGUGGUGGUCCUCACAGAGCGUCAGAGAGCAAAGAGCGAGUCUCCGAGCCGGGCGGAUGAACUACGACAGCCAAGCUCACAGGGGGAGGAGCAUGCAGCAUUUGACAUGGGCGGCUACGAGGACUACCUGAGGGAGCAGGUGGGAGAUCGCUGGUUCCGCUACAACCCUCGGCUCACCUGCAUCUACUGCUGCAAGUCCUUCAACCAGAAAGGCAGCCUGGACCGCCACAUGCGGCUGCACAUGGGCAUCACACCGUUCGUGUGCCGCAUCUGUGGGAAGAAGUACACCCGCAAGGACCAGCUGGAGUACCACAUCCGCAAGCACACCGGCAACAAGCCCUUCCACUGCCACGUCUGCGGCAAAAGCUUCCCCUUCCAGGCCAUCCUCAACCAGCACUUCCGCAAGAACCACCCGGGUUGUGCGCCGCAGGAGGCCCACAGCGCCUCCCCCGAGACCACCACCACCUCCGUCACCUCCAGAGGCGGGCCGAGCGACGAGGCCUCCCCCAGCCAGGAGGAGCCCGAGGCCGGGGGAGGCAGCGGCGCGGGGAGCAGCAGCGGCGGAGGCCAGUACGGCGAAGGUCCGCAGGCCUCGGUUUCCACCACGGGGCCCGACUGACCCUGCCGGGCGUUGGGGUGGGAGUCACAGGUGGACGGACUGGCUGGACGGGCCAGUCGGAUCCUGUUGUCGCCAACAGGACGCGGAAGCCGCUGCAGUCAAAAGACACCUCAGAGUUCGAACUGAGAUUUUUUUCCGCUUUAAACCGCAUCUACCUUCACUAACCGAACCGCACCAAUUAAGCUAAAAUGAAGAAAUGCCACACACUCCAACAACCUCAUACACCGCCGCGUUCCGUGGUUCUAGUUUGCCUCCGUCGAGUUUCUGUUACAGAUAUCUACUUUUAUAUUUACAGGUUCACAAUGCAGCGUCACAGCGGUCUGUCUGACGGACACUUUGCCAAACUUCUCAGUGCCAGUUUAUUCGUUUAAAAAAAAAAAAAAAAAAAAUCCUUCGUAUUUGCCUUGAGACAAUCUGGAGCAGGCAGGUUGAUAAUAAGAAAUCCUGAGCUCUUUAAACACCACAAAGAAAAGAAAAAGUUGCACAAAAAAAUGGGGUUCAAUGACAAAAUGGCACGUGGUGAAAGUUCAGCUUCAGUGUGAUCGGAGUUUCUGAUGCUUUCAGGCUUUCUGUUGACAUUUCAGGAUAAGAUCUCUCUGUAGAUUUAACACAACAUACCUCAUAUCGCAGCCUCAUAAUCCUCAAACCACACUUUCAGUCCUCGGUUUCAUCGGGUCCUGAUCCAGGGAAAAGUUUUCACCGUCUACUUCAAAUAAAACUUUCACAGCCGUCGUUUGUUUGCAGGUAGUCAACUUUUUAAAGUUGACUUCUUUAGAAUUUUGAGGGUUUCCUGGUAGAUUAUGAUGUUUUUAAAGCUAGAAUGCCACAAAUCUGUGGACUCCAUUUUUGGCCUUGGAUAAGCCAGAACAUUACUGUCUCGCCAAAUGCAAGUGGACACACCGACAUACAAAUAUAAGUCCCUUCAAAAUUAGAACUAUUACCAGUUUAAUUGUGUUAAACAACACCUUCCCUCCCACUCCAUUUGGGCUUGGCCCUCAGGUUGGGGACCAGUCUAACCACUGGUUAAGAAUAGACCCACCCGCAAAACUAAUAUCCGACCCUCUCAUCAACGCAGUGCGUUGCCAAUCACUUCAGAUUUCCAGGAAUCAGUUCAGACGCCCUCAAACUCUCUGGUGCAGACAAACUGUGGAGCCUCCGAUCACACUGGGCUGUUUAUUUGGCUGUUAAACAAGACCUGUGGCAGUUGAACUCGGUUUGUCAGGAUCUGAUAGAUCAGACUGGAUCAUCAGGCAGCGGGAAAACUGGAUGGCGUCCAGCCUCAGAUAAGCUACACAGCUCAGUUACCUCUCAUCACUACGCAAUACAGCUGCAGCACAGCACCACCGGGGGGCGCUCUGGUUCCAUUCACACAGAGAGCUCCGUCAGUCUUCUCAGAUAUUUUUAUAAAGCAAGCAUGUCUUUACGAUUUUCUUUUGUUACGGUUUUCUCGGGAACUAUCUUGCUCUGACAAUGUGGAAGUUUUUAACGUGGAAAAAGGACGAGUUCUGACCCGGUCAGGAGCUUCUGCCGAAGCGAACGACGCACCGAACCUGCUGCACUCCGGCCUGUCUUGGUUUCAGACUGAAGGUCCUCACAGAGCGAUCGAUGGGAACAAGAACUUUUUUAAGUCCUUAGGUCGACUAUAAACAGGUUGCUCUGAGUAAAGACCUGAAGACUCGCUAUACAGUAUAGUUUUGAUGAGUAACUAUACAUAUUUUUAGGAACUUAUAUUAGCUUGUAAGCUAUUUAUUUUUGCAGAGUUUACUGCGUUUUUCAAGCCACCUUAUUGCAUCGUUUCUUAUUAUAUUUAGUAUUGGAUAAUAGUUUUGAUCUUUAGUUUCCAGUAGUUAAGAACAUUUCUUGAAAAAUAACUUAAAAAAAAUAUUUUGUAAACAAAUUGCAUAGUUUUUAAGCUGUUAAAUCUUCCCACGACAGGGCGCUUGCUUCUCCAGAGGAAAACGUAUAAAUACGGGAUACUCACCUCAUUAACCAAUGUUGUUUAGACUCAGUAUUAUGACUUGAUUUGCCUCACGCAUAGUUGGAAGAAAAUCAACUUCAGUUUGAUGUCUGUUUCACCUGUGUGGAAAUUUAGCUAGCAGGCUAACCGAUGUGGCUAACGUAGCUCUUAUCUGUCUUUGAUUGAGCUUAUUGCAGUGGCCUUAUGUUAACUGUUCAAUUCCUCUGAAAAACGUUAUUCAGCAUGUGAGUUCAGUGUGUUUUGCUUAUAAUCUUAAACAGAUUACAUCCGGUAGUUUGCUUAUUUCAUGGCAGUGAUAUUUUUAAGAAGUGGACCUAAUGCUAAUGAAAUAGUGAGCUUGGUUUUAGCAUAAUUUACAAAUGAACUGUUACCACAGAACAAGAUGAACCCCCCCCCCCCCCCCAUGGAUCUAGCCUUUAUAAAGUUACCCAGUCACGCGUUAUAGAACAUUCAACAUCCAGUAAUAAGCUUUUGGACAGAAUGUUAAAACACUGUUGAUGAAAGGCGACAUGAAUCGGCUCCUUUCAUGGAUUAAGUGACUGACAGUAAGUCAUCAAGCCAUAACGUGGAUUUUAGGCCGUUUUGAAUAAUUAGAGGUCAGAUCUGUCUGGUAACGGCUUUAAUGUCAAAAACGGAUUCAAAUCAGAACAGAAGAACUUUAAUUUAGCCUUAAUGCUGGCUGCGCUUCUCAACAAAACACCAGAAUUAGCAGGUGUCUUAUGUCUACGUGUUGAAAAUGCUCAGAGUGGACCAUCAGGAUGUAAGCGUCUUUGUCUAAUCAGUAAAAUAAAGUUGGAAAGUAUCGGGGGGGAAAAAAAGCAGUAUUUUGGCCAUUCAGAUCCUGCAGAAGGUCAAUUUACUGGCUUUUCAGAACAAAAAAAAAAAAAAAUGUGACUUUGGUGCAAUAACAGUGAAUUCCGGCAUAGCCGAUCAUUUCUAAUGAAUUGAGUGUGUCCCAAGGACGGAGUGCAGCUCAGGUUGUGCGUCGCUGGCUUCAGGUGGUUCUGAUCUGGGCUCACGUGGACAGGAUGAGGAGCCAGACCCUGUCAGACCAGAUGGAUGUAAUAGUCAGGCCAUGGAGCUGGGCUUUUGAAAAAAAA